UCACGAGCCUCCAGGUCCAAGUCCACCACUGUCCCCGCUCUCUCUCACGCUAGCUCUCUUCUUAUAAACCGGCCGCCACAUGGUUGCGGCCGGCAUUGCGCGCAUACCACCGUCCCGACCUCCAUCGAGCUCCUCCACUCCACCUGAAUCCAUCAAGCAACCCUACUCAUCUCCUGAUCGAUCGACCAUCUUGCUCCAUCGCCGGCUGCUGCUGCUGCAAUGGCGGCAACGACUCGCGGGCUGAUGCUCAACAUCUCCUGCCUCCUCCUCUUUCUGGGCUCGCUCCUCCCGGGUGCAUUGUCCACUACGUUCACGCUGACCAACUCCUGCGCCUACACGGUGUGGCCGGGCCUCCUGUCCGGCUCGGGCACGCCGGCGCUACCCACCACGGGCUUCGCGCUGGCGCCGGGGGAGUCGCGCGCCGUGGAAGCGCCCUCGGCGUGGUCGGGCCGCAUGUGGGGCCGCACCCUCUGCGGCACGGGCGCCGACGGGCGGUUCGCCUGCGCCACCUGCGACUGCGGCUCGGGCGCCGUGGAGUGCGCCGGCGGGGGCGCGGCGCCACCCUGCUCGCUCGCGGAGUUCACCCUCGACGGCUCCGGCAGCAAAGACUUCUACGACGUGAGCCUCGUGGACGGCUCUAACAUCCCCGUGGCCGUGCUCCCGCAGGGCGGCAGCGGAGAGGGGUGCGGCGCCACGGGGUGCCUGGCGGACCUGAACGGGCCGUGCCCGGCCGACCUGCGGGUGGCCGGGCCCGACGGCGCCGGCAUCGCCUGCAAGAGCGCGUGCGAGGCGUUCGGGCGGCCCGAGGACUGCUGCAGCGGCGCGUUCGCCGGCGGGCCCGAGGCGUGCCGCCCGUCGGCCUACUCCAUGUUCUUCAAGAACGCGUGCCCGCGCUCAUACAGCUACGCGUACGACGACGCCACCUCCACCUUCACCUGCGCCUCCGGCACCGCCGCCUACCUCGUCGUCUUCUGCCCCGCCGCCAUGUCCAGCCUCAAGUCGUCCGUCGUGAGCACAAGCACGAGCACCACGCCGGAGCUGCCCCACGUCAACGACACCGUCUCCUACCUGGGCCGUAGCCGCGACGCCGGCAGCGGCAGCGGGGGGCAGUACGCGCGGAGCUCGAGCCAGGCGUCGUCUUCAGCGCCGAGCCCCUUCGCCAUCGCGGCGGUCGCCGCGCUCACGUGGCUCUGCGGCAGCAGGGCCGGGCGCCACUGGCCGCUACUGUCUCCGUCCUAGCUAGCUAGCGCCAUGCAUGCCAGCACACGGCACGGCACCGCCCGGCGAGGUGCAUGCAAUGCAACGCAACAGCCACAUGCAGAUGGAGCCGACAGUUUGACCUCGCCUCGGGCCGUAGUGGUAGCAUCACCUGUAUAGAUUAUUGUAGCGAGUCUGAUUUAGCAAGCAAGCAAGCAACGCGGUGGAGAAAUUUUUUUGAA